AACUAUUGACCCAGCGGUUCCCUAUCACUGAGCAUCAGCAACAUUGUUGUGAAGUUUAAAGAAAAUGGCAAACCGCUUCUUCGUCCCUGCCCUCGGUCUGCUGAGCUCUCUCUUCCUCGCCGAAUGUGCAGUUUUUAUAAAUCAGGAAGAAGCAAGUACCGUUUUGCACCGAUAUAGGAGAUUCAACACUGGGCGACUUGAAGAAGUGCUCCAAGGAAGCCUUGAGCGAGAAUGCAUGGAAGAAGUGUGCAGUUAUGAAGAAGCAAGAGAAAUAUUUGAAAAUGAUGAGAAAACAAUGGCAUUUUGGACUAUAUAUCUUGAUGGAGAUCAAUGUGAGUCCAACCCUUGUAAGAAUGGAGGGCGUUGCAAGGAUGACAGAAAUGACUACACCUGUUGGUGUCCAGGUGGUUACGAAGGAAAGAACUGUGAAUUAGAUGCUACCUGCAGUUCAAAGAAUGGAGGGUGCAAACAGUUUUGCAAGGAUAAUGAAGCAGGGAAAGCCGUUUGCUCUUGUGCUGCAGGAUACAAGCUGAAUGAAGACCUGAAAACCUGUGAGCCAGCAGUGCCCUUUCCCUGUGGAAAGAUCCAAGCUCCAGAAGCCCUGACUAAAUACACUCGCUCACAUCCAUCAAACACAUUUGAUCAUUGGAUCAUCUUGAAUGCAACCACUGAUGACUGGGAGGAAGGCUACAACAGCACUCAGGUUUCCUUUCAGACUGGACAUCGGACUCGAGUGGUUGGCGGGAUGGAAAGCAAGAAAGGAGAGGUUCCAUGGCAGGUUUAUUUGCUCAACUCAGAAGGUAGAGGAUUCUGUGGAGGCACGAUCGUCAAUGAAAAGUGGAUCGUCACGGCAGCUCAUUGCCUUGAAUUUCAGCCACGAAGAAUUGUAGCGGGUGAACACAAUGUGAAUGUUGAGGACAAUACUGAACAAUAUCGCAACGUGGUUAGGGCAAUCCCUCACCCCACAUACAAUAUAACUAACAAGUACCACAAUGACAUCGCCCUCCUUGAGUUGGACGCACCUUUGGAGUUCAACCAUUAUGUCAUCCCAAUUUGCAUUGGAGACAAAGAGUUCACCAACAGCCUCCUUAAGUAUGGAUUGGGCACUGUGAGUGGAUGGGGGAGACUGGCUUACCAAGGCAGGCAGGCGAGCAUCCUACAGGUGCUGCAAAUCCGGUUUAUUGACCGACCAACCUGUCUGAAGAGCAGCAGUUAUCCCAUCUUGGCGAAUAUGUUCUGCGCAGGUUAUUCUGAUGAAGCCAAGGAUACUUGCCAAGGUGACAGUGGUGGCCCAUAUACCACGGACAUUGAGCACACAUGGUUUCUGACCGGGAUCACCAGUUGGGGGGAAGAUUGUGCUAAGAAGGAUAAGUAUGGAAUCUACACCAGAGUUUCCAGGUACAUUAAGUGGAUAAGGGAGACCACAAGACCUAAAUAAAUUAAUCCCAAGUCCAAA